AUGUGCAUCCUCGUAUGGGCCUUAGCUUUUUUAAGUGUAACGAAUGCUGCCAAAUCACCGUUGAAAACAGAAUAUGAAUGGAAAUACAUAGAUUUUGAUUGGGAUUCUCAAGUUCAAAAAAAUUGGUACAUUGAGAAUGGCCUUUACGAUCCAAGUGCUAUUAUUCCUAUAGAUGUGGAGCGAGUAGACGAUGGACGAACAUUUAUUACAACGGUAAGAUCCAAAGGUGUUCCAGCUUCUUUACACACCGUUACCUCAAAAUCAAAUAAAGAAUCAGGACCACUUUUGAAACCUUAUCCCGAUUGGUCUUGGUACAACACAGUUAAUCCUUGCGAUGGUAUUAUCAACGUUUUUAGAGUUGCCACGGACCAGUGCAACAGAUUAUGGGUACUCGAUACAGGAUCAAUAAACACAAAAAAAGUUUGCCAGCCUAAAUUACUGGCAUUUGAUUUAAAGAAUGACAAAUUGGUCUUUUGGGAAGAAUUAAGUAAUGAAGUUGCUCAAAAUAAAAAAGGAGAAGGGUUGUUAGUGAAUCCAAUCGUGGAAACUGAAGGUCCAAAUUGUGAGGAUAUAACGAUAUACAUGGCAGACGUCGAAGGACACGGUUUGCUAGUUUGGAACAACCAUAAAGUAGUUCGUCUGAACGAUAGAGUUUUUUCACCUGAUGCAAAAUACGCUAAAAUGAAUAUAACCGGUACCGAAUUCGAAUUAGAAGACGGUAUUUUAGGAAUGGCUUUGUCGCCAAAAACAUGGAACAAAGCAGAAAAUCGUAUUUUGUAUUUCCGACCGCUGGCUUCCACGUGUAUAUAUGCCGCUAGUACAACAGACUUAAAACGAAGUUUGAAGGGUUCUUCCGUGAAUUACGUCGCAGCUAUUGACAUUCUACCGAGCCAGUCUGUUACCAUGGUCAUUUCUUCCGAUGGCACGCUGUUUUACAGUCUCACCAAAGAAGUUGCGAUUGGUUGCUGGAAUCCUGUAAGACCCAUAACAUCUGAAAAUUUGGCUAUACCAUUAAGGGAUACCGAGAGGUUACAGUUUGUAAGUGGUAUGAAAGUCAAAAAGCAAAGCUAUCCGAUAAACGAGUACUUACUUAUGCUGUCGAACAGAUUUCAAAAUUAUCUCACGACAAGUAUGAAUCCAAACGAAACGAACUACCGGGUUAUGACAGCUCCUAUUCAAGAUCUUGUCAAAGGAACUGUGUGUGACAAAUACUAUCAGAAAAAAGCGAUUUGGUAG